UUUUUUUACCAGCCAAUUUGUCAAGCUGCAUAUGGAAAUUACGUUAAUGAGGUUGAGCUCCUGUUGGCAGAAGAUCCCAAAAAUGUGAAUGUGAAGGACAGUUUUGGUGGUGACACUCCACUGAUAUGUGCCUGUCGGCGUGGUCAUAUUAAAAUGGUCAAUUAUUUACUGUCUAUGAAAGCAGAUGUAAACCUCCGAAAUGAUAAAGAAAGGACAUGUUUGCACUAUGCUGUAAGGAAAAGGUUCAGUUUCCUGGACUAUUUAUUGAUUGUAAUCCUGAUGCCAGUUAUGCUCAUUGGAUAUGUUAUCAUGAUUUCAAAGAGCAAACAGAAUGAGAGGCUGAUCAACAUCUUACUGCACUCAGGUGUUGAUGUCAAUGCUGCAGACAACAGUGGAAACACCGCCCUACACUAUGCCUGCAAAAUGAAGACCCAGUCCAUAAUACCAAUACUGCUUGAAGCCAAUGCAAAUCCAUCCAUAAAAAAUAAGGAAGGUGAAAGUCCAGUCGACAUUGCAGAAAGAUUACAAUUUAAAAACAUUUUGGAGUUAAUGAAAAAGUCUUCAUAG